UCAACAUGAACAAUAAAGAAACUGAGAUGGUCAGCAAACUUGGUAGCAAGAGAGUUAAAGCUCUAAGCCCUAGGCUGGUCAACCAUGAAAAGCGAAACCUUGAAAAGGAAUUCAACACUUUCUUAAGUCCUCAGCUGUCGCUGAGCACUAAGGGAAGUGAUAGCCUUAAGGCUACCCCUUUGCAAGGCAAAUUGUGAGACUUUGGGAAAAGAGAGAUUCGCACAAUCUUUAAUUUUGAUGGAUCCCUUGAACUCAAUCAGUGUGCAGCUCUGCUGCACACCGAGAAUGAGAAGGAACUCAAGCAAGGAGAUCAAAUAAAAUCGAAGCCUCGCCAGGCUUAUGAGAUGAAACCACUCCUAUCAUUACCAGAAGAGGAACGCCAGAGAGUUCCUUCAGAGAAAGAAAUUCCUCUGAGUUCGGUAAAGAUGACAAACUUAUUAAAUUCAGAUAAGAAAGCGAAUCUUUCUUCAGAAUUUCGGGCCCCCAAUCCGAGGAAGAGAAAGAUGACUUUGAAGCCGAGCCUUCGGCUGGCUUCAAAGUCUUCUAUCUUAUCUUCAUGAGAUUGUAUCUUCUGCCCUGAAGACCUGUCAGGGUCUUAUUGACAGAAAGAUCCAAGAGGAGAGUUGUCGAAUUUAUCAACAAAACUCGAAGUUAAGGAUCCACCAAGGAAGCUUACACUGAGUGACACACAGCUUAGAUAUGGGUGACCUCCUACUUUAAAGAUCUCAAGCAAGGAGAUUACUUAUGGCUAUCUGAAAAAGGGAGUCAAGAAACCUUGAGAUUAUGACAACAUGGACUGUAUUUCAGAAGGCUCUGAAGGAUCAUCGCAUCCUUCAGAGACGAUGGAAUCAAUGGUCGGAUUGGUGACUGCUGAUAUUUUCUAGAGAGUAAUCUCUUCAAGAAAUCUUGAUGGCCAUCCAAAAUUUAUCCUAAUUAUCUUUUGAAUAAACAUUGAUUCUGGAAACAGACUUGUUUCUCUGAAAAUAAGGGAGCUUUCUUGCCAGGCCUGGCUGUAAGCAAGCAGCCACUUCAUGGCUGAAAGGAUGGUAGGCAGGCUGAUGUAGGGCGCCUUUCAUCUCUGGAGGUCCUUCUAGGCUAACUGUUUCACUAGCUUUAACUUCCCAAAACAAGAAUUGAUGAAACCAUUCAAUUAUUAAACUUAAUUCUUGAUGAUUGUCAACUUG